AUCAUUCAACUGCGCCAAUCGCGCGAGGUUUCCACAAAAUCCUUACGCGGGAACAUCGUGUAUACAGUCCUGUGUAACGUGAUGAUGGGAUCCUGUGAAGCAGGGCUGUUUACAGAAAUUGACAAGCUCCGUGCUGAACUGGUAAACAAUGUCGAAGUCAUGCCAGGCUGCCAGCGUGAUGAAGAAGAAAUUACCUACAGGGAAAUUUUGAGCCGCAUUGAAAACGUAAUCCUAGGAAUAGUGACAAGUCUUUCUAAAGAUGAGAACCCUGUCCUGGCACUGCCCAACAGAUCCAGCUGGGCCAACGUCAGUUUUGACAGUGCCAUCGGGCUUCAAAUGAAUUCAGGAAGUUCUGUCACCAGCAUUAGGAGCGACAGUCCGUCGUCUGUUCGUAAAUUUGGGCAAAUUCUCAAGAUCUUCUUGGUCAUCUACAAACUUGUGCAGAGCAACUCCUAUGCGACAAAAAGAGACAUCUAUUACAACAAUACACAGCUGUUUGGUUCACAAAAAACGGUUGAUAAUAUAGUGGAUGAUAUUUCCUGCAUGCUAAAGGUUCCUCGCAGAUCAUUACAUGUGAUGGCCACGUCCAAGGGAUUAAUCUCGGGUGAUCUGUGUUAUCUGGAGGAAGACGGCACAAGGAUUGACUGCCGCUCCGGCUCUGCUGCUGUUGCAGUUUCAUCGAACAUUGGUGGGAUUAGAAAUAUUGUGUCAUCUGCAAAGUUUGUCAUGAUAGUUGAGAAGGAUGCAACGUUUCAGAGACUACUGGAUGACGACUUCUGUGCAAAGCUGUCUCCUUGCAUCAUAAUUACAGGUAAAGGCGUGCCAGAUGUGAACAGCAGGUUGAUGGUGAGAAAGCUUUGGGACACGCUGCACAUCCCCAUCUUCGCACUGGUGGAUGCUGACCCUCACGGAAUUGAGAUCAUGUGUAUCUACAAGUACGGAUCAGUGGCCAUGUCGUUUGAGGCCCACAAUCUGACCGUCCCCAGCGUUAUGUGGCUAGGCCUCCUCCCCUCUGACCUCCAGAGGUUGCGGGUUCCCGAGGAUGCACUGAUCCCCCUCACCAAGAGAGAUGAAAACAAACUUAGCAGCCUCCUUAAAAGGCCAUACCUAACCAGCCAACCUGACUGGCAGAAAGAGAUGGAACUGAUGAGGCAGACUCAGGUCAAGGCUGAAAUCCAGUCCCUAGCAGCCAUAGCUCCUGAUUUCCUCACAAACAUCUACCUGCCCAAUAAGCUGCGUUACGGGGGCUGGGUCUGAGCCCAAUGCUGCCUCUCAAUGGAAAAACAAGUGAACUGCUAAAGCUGGUUGCAAAACUAAAGAAAGAUCGUCCAUGUAACUGUCCUGCCUAACCUUGUCCGACAGAUUGACAUUUUAAGUUGGUCUGUAAUGUUUGCAUAUUUAUUAGUGACUAUGUGUGUUUAUCUUUUGUAAUUGCAUUUCAUAAAUUUCUCCUCCUAUCAUUAAAGCCCUGUAAUCCCAUUGACAAGUCA